AUGGAAAAGCUCAAGAAGUCUCGUACCGUUACUCGUAUAGCGUUCACGCGCAGUCUGACCUUGUUAAAUGCAGCAUUAUCAGGAGAGAGAUCGGAUGUGCAAGAGUUACAGGUACGAUUUGCUAUGGUAAACGAGAAACAUGUCGAGCUUGAGGUUAUCAAUCAAAAGAUGUUGGAGGUUAUGAUCGACGGCGACGCGAGUGAAGAACAGCUCGCGCAGGAAAUUGAGGCAGCCGACGAUUAUAGAGUAAAGUAUCAUCAAGCCAAAACUGCAGUAGACAAUAUAUGGGACCGUGGCCAAGCGAUAGCUGUCGUUCAGGAUGCCGGACAAGCGAUGCAAGCUCCCAGGGACAACAAGCGUGCGUAUAAGUUGCCGAAAAUAGAAAUACCGAAAUUUAGUGGAGAACUCAAAGACUGGUUGCAAUUUUGGAGCUUAUUCAAGAAUAUACACGAGGAUCCGACAAUUACCAAAGAGGACAAAUUUCAGUAUUUAAUACAGGCGAUGACGAAGGAUUCCAGAGCGAGCGAAGUAGUAAGCAGUUUCCCGCCGACAGCAGUUAAUUACGAUAAAGUGAUUACGAGCUUGAAAAAUCGAUUUGGCAGAGAGGAUCUACUUGUAGAGGUAUACGUUCGUGAGAUGCUUAAAUUAGUACUGAGCAAAACAAAGGUAAAUAACUAUACGCCUUUAUCCAGAAUUUAUGACAGAUUAGAAACUCAGUUACGUGCCUUAGAGUCACUAGGAGUUACUACGGAUAUGUGUGCGGCAAUGUUGUACCCACUAGUCGAAUCGUCAUUGCCGGAAGACCUCCUACGUGUAUGGCAAAGAAAUCCUAAGGCAAUCGCAUCCACUACGUCAAAACAGCGGCUAGACGAAUUGAUGAUUUUCCUUCAAGCAGAGGUAUUAAGUGAGGAAAGAAUUGCCAUGGCAGUUGAUGGAUUUGGCCUUAACGAUGAGCAAUCUACUAGUCAAAAUAAAUCUAAGAAGAAAAGCAAGGCCGAAUCGAAAGAAAUUGCGACAGCUGCCGGACUUCUUUCUACGAAGGAAAAUAAAAAUCCUUGCAUAUUUUGCGGUCAGAACCACGACAGUGCCUCAUGUGUAAAAGCGAAGAAGAUGUCACGUGAGGAGAGAUGUCAAGUUGUUAAGAAGAAGAACGCCUGUUAUCAUUGUUUAAAGACAGGUCACAGCUAUAAAUUCUGCCGCUAUAAAGAGAAAUGCGCAUGGUGCGGCAAAAGGCACGUGCUAAUUAUGUGCCGCAACGUGUCAAGUAUAUCGCCAGAUGAUAAUCAGAAAGAGGAACCUACCGAUGCGCAGGAGCAAUCUAGUCUCGCCAGUGUCCUUAUGAAUUGUGAGGUAUUUCUACAAACGCUUCGUAUCAAAUUGAUUAAUAAAGGAAAAGAGCGUGUUGUUCGAGCAGUCUUCGACACCGGGUCACACAGAUCGUACGUGCUGGAUAGUUAUGCCAAAGAGUUGGGUUUUGAAGUCGUGGGCGAACAGCAAGUUGUACAUAUGUUGUUUGGCGGCACGAAAUCUAAACCACAGCUACAUAAAGGAUACAGAAUCGCCGUACAGAGUUUAGAUAAUUCCUAUUCAUGUAAUUUUGUUGCUCUUAGUCAGAAUAUUAUAUGUCAGAAUGUUCCUUCGGUGAAUAAAGGACCAUGGCUACAAGAACUGCAACGAGAGGGAAUAAGACUUACGGACGUUGACAGCAAAGAUGAACCGGUAGUCGUAUUAAUAGGAGCAGACAUUGUAGGAAAAUUACUGACCGGAAAACGGAAGGAGAUCAAGUGCGGGGCUGUGGCUUUCGAAUCAUUACUUGGCUGGACGCUGAUGGGGAAAACAAAUAUUCCGUCCAAGCCAAAAGAGGACUCUGCUCUCAUGGUUGUUUCCAUGUAUACUCGAGAAGCAAAAGUUGACGAUUUAUGGAAGUUAGAUACACUGGGCAUUACGGAUCCAAUUGUAAAGAAAACGAAGGACGCACGACAAGCAGAGAUAAAAGAGCGCUUUCGACAAACAAUUAGAUUAAAUGAAGAAGAACGCUACGAAGUAUCGCUUCCAUGGAAAGAAGAUUAUUCACCGUUAGCCGACAAUAAGAAUGCCGCGAAACGCCGGUUAGAGUCUACGACGAAGAAGCUGCGGGAUCAAGGAUUCUAUGACAACUACCAACAAAUAUUCGACGAAUGGUUAUCCGAUGGAAUUAUCGAGAAGGUAUCAGAAGAAGAGAUAACGUCGGACGGUUACUACCUGCCUCAUAGACACGGCUUCCGGGUGGACGGCAUUUACGACAAAUACGACCGUGUGGAGGAGAUAGGCUGGCAACGCGUGGCGGCGGCUACGCCGCUGCCGUAA